AUCUUCAAAUUUCAAAGCCGCUGAUAGUUCAUUUACAGAGCAAACCACAUGAAGCUCUUGUUAUCGCAUCGUUAUCUACUUGUCUCUUCAAGAAUUAUGAGUGGACGAAAUUGGGUGCGCAAAAGAAUACCCAGACAUAUUGUCCGUAAAAAGCCCAAACGAUUUCUGAACAGAAGGCAAUCGAAUAAGAGAGUAGUAGGGAGUAGGAAAAUAAAGGAACGCAUAGAGCGGCUGAAGUCGGAGAUAGCGGAGAUUAGCAUGGAGCAAAAGAGCAUCGCGGAGGGACAGAAACAAAUGCGGAAGAAGUACGAGCAGAUUCAGAGGGAACGUGAGAAACUGUGGAAGGAAAUAGAGCUAAUUUCGCAGCAGAGUCAUGGUAUCCGUGUUCGUUUGAAUUUAAUGUUCGAAAUCAUGAGAGCAAGAGUUGAGAAUGAUUAUGCCAAAGUCACUCAACUCACUCUACGUCUCAGGGACUUGAUAGCGAAGCCAAAGGAAGAAAAGGAAGUGUUGAUGGAUCAAGAUGGAAAUAAUAACAUUAGGCCUAUGGCUAUGUAAAGGUUUCUAUAUGGUAUUGUGAUGUAUGUAAUAUCUUUUAAAACUGAGAAUGGGAGGUAGUCUGGUUAGUCAGGUUGUCUGCCCAAGACCUUGAGGUAUAAGGUUUCAUUCUCACCGGGGAUUUGGGAUUUGAAUAGUUUUCCAUCUGUUGUGAUGGUCUUUAUGUCCCUCGGACAUGGCUUAGAGUGUGUGUGACCUGUGGGCCUCUAUAUAGGUAUCUUCCAAAGCUAGCCUUAUCGGUAAUGUCUUAUAGAAUGUAAUUAAUAAAAAACAAUUUAUUAUAUAUGCUAAUUAUGUUUGCAUUAAA